GGGUACUUAUAUUAAAAUCAUUUUAUUUUAUUUUCAGGCAAACGCACAUGCUGAAUUAUUGGGAAAAGAGAUUUCACGAUCUUGACGAAGAAGGAAAUUACUAUCAAAUGCCCUCUUCAAAAAUAUAUAAAAGAACACAGUCAACAAUCACUAGAAGAGGCGAUCCAUCGAUAGUUGCUUCUAACAUCCAAAGGCAAAAUCAACAUUUAAUGAGAAUGGCUUCAAAAUCAUCAUUGAAGCAAAGAAAAGAGGAAGUAAACAGGAGUGUCAUGGAAUGUGCCUCAAACCAUUUUGAGUCAGAUAUAUCAGCCUCGUUGAACCAAAAAUCUUCAAGAGAAAGAACCCCUGAAACAUUUGCAAACACUAAAACUGUCGAAGAUACUUGUGCUUCGUCGAUCAGAAGCAAGAAUAAAGUAGCCUGGUUCCAUAAAAUGAUGGACAGUAAAGCUGAGUAUGAAAAGGCAAAGGCCAAGCUUGCCAUCAAAGAAGACCAAGAAUUCAUCCUUAAUUCUGAAAAAUCGAAAAUCAAAAGGUUCACUCCAAACAAAAGUUUCGAGUCAAGGAUUUCUCUAAAGAGGAAGGCUCUGGUGGACCCUUCAGAGAAGAGAACAUCUCCUUUGAAGAAGUCAAGGAGUAGGUCAACCCACAGAGAGACUCCCAAACUCAACAACAGGAUCUCGAUUAUCAAAGAGGAGGACGAGUCCUUCUCAAUUGAGAGAGAUGAGCUUCCAUCUCGUAGUAUCAAGGGCCUUGUUGGGAGAUACGUCCAGAAAGAGCUAUCUUUGUCAUCGCAGAAAGAGAAGAUCUCCAUGGAGGACCUCACAUUAAGGAAACUUGUUGAAGAGUCUUUGGGCAAGCAAGAGUUACUCCAGUACCAACUUAAGGACAUCUACGGCAUAAUUGAAAGAGAUGUUCCUACGCUAUCCAACGUGAACGAUCUAAUAGAUGCAGCGAUCAGCAGGAAAUUAGACCGCAUGCAGGUCGACACUAAAGUUGAGAAGAUGCAGGUUCAGCUUAAUUCCCUUAUUGCCGGUUAUGAAACAGAUCAUGCCUGUUCUUCAGACCAUAUAGUAAAUCUCCAAGACAAACUCGAAGCGCUCAGGGACGAUUUCGAUGCCAGAAUAAAGGACAUAGAGUAUGAUGUGACCAAAUACGAGAAUCGGAAGGACACUAUCCAGAGCUUGAACAUGAGACUCCACAACAUAGAAUCAGACUUUGACCAGCUUGUGUAUGCCAUAGAUUGCAACAUGAAGGAUUUCAGCAAAAGAGUAGAAAAUAGGAUGUCGACCAAGAACAGCAACAAGAGUUUUAGGUCUUCCCAUCUAGCGUAUAAUCUUGUUGGAGAUGACACAGUCGAUAACGAACUCACCAGCUACAAUGCAACCCCCAAGCUCAAAAGAGAUAUUUCAGAGCUUAAAACCCAAGUCCAAAAAAUCAUCAGAAAUCCUUCCGCUCACAAAGACCUUGACCAGCUCCAAAUGGCCCAAAGAUCAACACAUAAAAGCACUACAAAGAGCCUGAAGAAAAGCAGAAAAACCACUCGACCAGAGAUCCAGUCUAGUCAUUUGCAGGACUUUUCACUUGCUUUAGACCAACAAGUUGCGAGAGAGAAGGAAGCAGAUGAGCGGCUUUCCCAGAGCGCAUCUGUCCGCUACCAAUCCAUGCUGAAUGAAUACAAAGGGUCCUUCCUGUCCCGCAGGGGACAGGCAGCCCUUUACGAUAGAUGCAGCAGUGUGGAGCCUAGAUCGCCCUUGCGCUCCUUCACUUCGGUCACUCGUCCAAGAAGUUCAGAGCCUCGCUCAAGCACAGUGACUCCGUUGUGCCUGAAGAACAGCGGAGCUGGCUUCCGCGACCACCUUUACACUACGAUUACCGAAGAAGAUGCUGAAAAUGGGUCGAAGAGGGAAGUCAAGACCAGAGUAGAUAACCUAUUUGACUCUGCUAAUGAUAAGAAUGAGAAAGAGAAAGAGGAAAGAGACCUUAAGAGGUCAAAGAGAAAAUUUAAAGGUGAAAAAAGAAUAAAUAAGAGAUUUUAA